AUGCUCAACACAUGGGUGGGUGCUGUUCGGAUCAGCGCUUCUUGGGGAGUCAAGGCCCUGGAUACCGGAAGGACUACUGGUAGAACCCAUGCUGAUAGCAAGCGAGAGAAGGUUGAGAGAAGCGCGCCCUGA